UUCUCUCUCAGUUGAUUGAUACUGAAUACCCAUAAGGCCGCGGGCACGGGCUUGUUGGCUUAAUUGGUGUAAAUGGGCCAGUGUAUAACACGGAUACUUCCCAUGUUGCAUCACGGUUGUCGUUCAUCGCUUCGUUCUCAUCGCUACAUUUACUCGCUUUCCAUCAUGUUGAACGUUCUGCGGAGUUUUGUACAGCCUUCAGCCCAGGCGCCUCCGUCUCGACAGGCCACUCCAGAAGCAACUUCUCAGGUCCAACAGGACACUACUCCGGCAUCCUCCAGGGUAACAUCAUCAUCGUCGUCAACGCCUUUUGCCAUCCGAAUGGUGACCACGCCCUUCUUCACACCAUCCAAGAGUAGGCAGGCAGCUGGGGCACGGCAUCGGGGGCGACUCCAGUGGAUGUUUCUGAAUCCGCGGAAUUGUUGAAACUCCGAGAGGAAAACCGGAAAUUACAAGAGGAUAUCGGGGAACUAAAAGAAGAAAACCGGC